AUGGCGCUAGCUGAAUUUGAUGAGGCACUCAUCUUUCAUGUUCAAAAAUACCCGUACCUUUAUGACAAUAAGAGUCCAGACUUCAAGGUAGUUUGGAAGGAGAAUGCUUGGGUGCAGAUCUCCAAGCAACUCAAGAGAGAUGGCACAGUUGUGGAAACGGUCUCGAAGCGUUGGAAAACGUUGAGAGAAUGUUAUACUAAAGAACACAGAAAAUUACUAACAGGUACUGGAGCUGAUUCUGUAGAAAAAAAGUGGGAGUUUUAUCCUAUGAUGGAUUUUUUGAAAGAUUUUGUAAAACAUAGACAGACAGCAAGUAAUAUGAUAUUUGAAGAAAAUGUGCGUGAUAGUUUAGGGGAUGUUAAUGAAAGCAGCUUUGAGGGCAUGAUGGAAUCAAACUCACAAGAUAAAUCUUCAGAAAUCUCAAGUGACAUCAGUAGUCCCACUCCAAUGCACAACUGA